AAUGCGUCUUGCUCCAGAAUCUCAAUGAACUUAAAUUUAUAUACAUAAUGGCAUUACUACAAGAUAAGGUGGCUAUCAUCACCGGCGGUGUUACUGGAAUUGGGAGGCUGAUUGCUCUCGGAAUGGCAAGAGAAGGAGCCAAAAUAUGUGUUAAUCAUCUACCUACCGACAAGCAGGCAGAAUUAGCUGAAGAAAUGGCACAGGAAGUUGGUCCUGAAAACUUUCUUGCUGUACCAGGUGAUAUCUCAAAACAAGAGACUAGUACUAACCUUGUCGCAGAAGCUGUGAAGAAGUUUGGAGAAGUUAACAUCUUAGUGUCCAAUGCUGGUAUUUGUGAAUUUAAUGAUUUUUUGGAAACCAAACCCGAGACUUAUCUUCAGACUAUUGAAAUUAACUUGAAUGGAUGUUUCUUCGUCACUCAAGCAGUUGGAAGACAAAUGAAAAAGCAAGGAAAAGGGGGUAGUAUCAUUGGAAUCAGUAGCCACCAAGCCCAUUACACUCCAACUAAAGCUGGUAUUUUGUCAUUAAUGCAGUCAUGUGCUUGUGCCUUGGGUCAAUAUGGAAUCAGAUGUAAUGCUCUUCUCCCUGGUACUAUAAGAACAGCUGUCAAUGAAGAAGAUUUGGCUGAUGAUGAGAAGAGAACUUACAUGGAAAACAGAACAACUCUCGGAAGAUUAGGAAAGCCCGACGAUUUGGCUGGUCCUGCAAUUUUUUUGGCUAGUGAUCUUUCUGCAUACAUGACUGGAUCCCAACUCCUCGUGGACGGGGGAUUGUUUGUAAACUUGCAGUAAUUUAUAGAGAAAUAGACUUUUUUAAGGCAGUAUUAAUGAAUGUAAGUUGACCUUUGAAACAU